AUGUCAGAAUUCGAGAAAGGCCAUGUUGAUUCAGAGAGAGUCUUCAAUGUUCCUUACUGGUUCUACACUCCACAAGGUCAAGAAAACAACCCAAAUUUCUUGAAACAUGUUUCAUCUCUCUGUAACCAAACCGAUCAUCUUGUCGUGGGAUGCAAAUCUGGAGUUAGGUCUUUAUAUGCUACUAAAGAUCUUGUUUCUUUCGGAUUCAAGAAUGUAAGAAACAUGAACGGUGGUUAUAUUGCCUGGAUCGAGAAUAGAUUUCCAGUUAAAGUGGAACUCAAGUACGAUGAGCUCUAA